GCUCCGGAUGCACUUCCGGCGUGCCUUCGCCUCCUCUUGCGCUCUCAUGUUAAUGGCGGGUGGCGUCUGCUGAGGGGGUCGCAAAUAACCGCUACCGGCACAGGGAAAGUCUCCCUGCUUGCCCCACUUCCUCUCUCCGCAAGUACUCGAGCUCGCCAGCAUGUCCGUGGUGCCGCCCAAUCGCUCACAAACCGGCUGGCCCCGGGGGGUCAACCAGUUCGGCAUGAGGGAGGAGUUUGAUAAAAUUGGAAUGAGAAGGACUGUAGAAGGGGUUCUGAUUGUACAUGAGCACCGGCUACCACAUGUGUUACUGCUACAGCUGGGAACAACUUUCUUCAAAUUACCAGGUGGUGAACUUAACCCAGGAGAGGAUGAAGUUGAAGGACUAAAACGCUUAAUGACAGAGAUACUGGGUCGUCAGGAUGGAGUCCUGCAAGACUGGGUCAUUGAUGACUGCAUUGGUAACUGGUGGAGACCAAAUUUUGAACCUCCUCAGUACCCAUAUAUUCCUGCACAUAUUACAAAACCUAAGGAACAUAAGAAGUUGUUUUUGGUUCAACUUCAAGAGAAAGCCUUGUUUGCCGUCCCAAAAAAUUACAAGCUUGUAGCUGCACCGUUGUUUGAAUUAUAUGAUAAUGCACCAGGAUAUGGACCCAUCAUUUCUAGUCUCCCUCAGCUUCUGAGCAGGUUCAAUUUUAUAUACAACUGAAUUCCUGCACAGUGGAGAAGUAAAAGAAGCCGUCUCUGUGAGCACAGCUAUACACAGUGUAGAAUAAACAUGGUAGAAAAGUUUUUUUUUGUUUUUAUCUCUUUCCCAGUCCCUAAAUUGCUACCUACUUUCUGUUGUUUGAAUAGUAAAGUUAAUAUGAAGAACUCGAUAGUGGUGUAAACAAAUGUGAUAAUGUUUAAUUUACUUUUGGUUCUACUCAUACUUUUUUGUACAACAUUAAAGAAUAUGAACUUCUUUCUAUUUGUAUUUUUUCUUUAAUUUUCACAUUAAACUUGUAAAAUUC